AAGUUCAACAACAAUUCACUUCAGUCGUCGGUGACCGUCUCUGAGGUCCGGACCUUUCUUUUUCCAAGUAAAGUUACAAUCACUUAUAAUAUUAUAACAGUGAAAAAAGUGACGCUGAAGAGCAUUUUUCAAAAAACAUAAGUUCGUUAUAAAGACAGUGAGAGAGAGACUAUUAUGAUAAAUAAUUUCAAAGAGCUUUUGUCGAGAUAGAAGAGAAAAUGCCUCGAGUUUCCAUAGUCAUCAUCAACUUUUUUCUCUUUCUCGGAGGUUUUCUAAUUUAUAGAGUUUCUGCACAUGGAAGACUGAUCGAACCACCAUCCAGAGCCUCCAUGUGGAGGUUUGGAUUUAAUACACCCGAAAAUUACAAUGAUCACGAAUUAUAUUGCGGUGGUUAUAGUAGACAAUGGACUCGAAAUAAUGGGAAAUGUGGAAUUUGCGGCGAUCCCUGGGACAUGAAAAAGCCUCGUCCACACGAAACUGGCGGAUUCUACGGAAAGGACAUAAUUGUCAGAAGAUAUAAAACAGGAUCCGUCAUUCCAAUUCGAGUCGAAUUGACAGCAAAUCACAACGGAUAUUUUGAGUUCCGAACGUGUCCGAUGAAAUACAGAGGAACCGAAGUCACUCAAGAUUGCUUGGACGAAAAUCUCCUCGAAGGAGAGAAUGGAACAAUUCGAUACUAUCCCGCCCCUGGGAAUGGAAUUUUCGAAAGUUAUUACAAACUUCCGGAGGGACUUACCUGUGUCCAGUGUGUCUUUCAAUGGCGAUACAUUGCCGGAAAUAAUUGGGGAACUUGCGAAAAUGGCACUGGUGCUGUCGGCUGUGGUCCUCAGGAAGAAUUUCGCUCGUGCGCCGACAUUGCGAUUGGCGAUAACGAAGCGACACUACCGCCGAGACCAAAAGUACCCACGACACCAUCGUCGACGGAUGCGGACGACUUUGGACCCGAAUAUCCCACACCCUGGUGGCUGUACAGUCUCAUUAUCGCCGGUACGUGCCUAUUGGUUGCCCUCGCUGCUUUGGCCUUACUUUACACGUACUACUAUCAUGCCGGUAGGGCAAAAAAAUGGCUUAUGUCGAGAAGGUUCCUCGCACCAGAGUCAACGCCACCUGUUGCUCCACCAAGGCAUAAACGACACUUCUCGACUGCACAAUUACAAUUGUAAUUAUUUCAAUUUCACCACCUACUCCACAAUUUUUUGUUAUCCGGUAGCCAUUUCCUUCGACGAAAGUUUCCCCAACUUUAUGAACAUGUAAAAAGCUCUGUGACACAAAGACUUAUCUUAAGGUUAUGUUAUUCAGUGGUCACCUUAAGUUGCUUAAGUUUUACUGAUCUAGGUCCUGCUGGCACGUGGACUAACUAAAAAAAAGUCCCAUUAGUAAGAAAAGGACGAAGAUACGUCUGUCCUUUUCUUACCAAUCGGGUAAAGUUAGUCCACAUGUCACCAGGUCCCUUGCCGGAUCUAAGAAGUAACUUUCGUCACGGAGUAACUUUCGUGAAAUGUAUUAAAUAAAGCUUGAAGUUUCAGAACGGAAGCUGCACGCUUUAAAUAGAGUAAAACUGUGCUUUCGCGUAAAUAUCACAAUAGGAAUAGUUGUAAGUUUUUUUUGAUACGUCAACAUGUACAUAAGACUGUAUUUAUAUUUAUAUAUAAAUUAAACGUAUUUAUUUUGUAGAAAA